AUGACUCAAACUGUUGAUUUCGUGAUCAUCACCACCACCCCCUCUCUCUCUCCCUUUCUCUCUCUCUCUUUCUUUCUCUCUCUCUCUCUCUCUCUCUUUCUCUUUCUUUCUCUCUCUUUCCCACUUCUAUUUUUCUAUAUUUUAGUUUGCUUCACGCUUUCUUGCUUUUUCUUAUUUUUCUCGUUCUUUCUUUUUCUUCUUUUCUUUUUUUCUCUAACUCAUUCUUUCUUUCUUUCUUUUUCUUAUUUGCUUUUUUAUUCUUUCCACAUCUUGUUCUUUCUUUUUCUUAUUUGCUUUGUCUUUUUACCAUUUUUUUUAAUCUGUUCUUUCCUUCUUUCUUUCUUUUUCUUAUAUUCGUCCCUUUUUCUUCUUUCAACUUUCUCCUCCUCAUUCCUUUCUAGUUUUUAUUCUUUCUUGUUCUGUUGCGUUUUCUUCUCUCUCUCUCUCUCUCUCUCUCUCUCUCUCUCUCUCUCUCUCUCUCUCUUGCUUUCUUUAAUUUUCUUUUUUCUUUCUUAUUCCUUCCUCCUUUUCUCCUUUCUGUUCUUUUUCAUUCGUUUUCUUGGUUCUAUUCUUUUUUCUUUAAUCUUUUUCUUUUUUUUAUUCUUUUGCGCUUUUAUCUUAUUAUUUACCUUGUUUCCUAAUUAUUUACCUUGCUUUUCUUUCAAUUGUUUCUCAAUUGUUUUUCAUUCAAUUCUUUCAUUUGUUUUUUCAUUAAUUUUUACUUUAUUCUUUUUCUUUUUACUUUGUAUGCGUUGCUCUCUUUCUUUCUUUCUUUCUUUCUUUCUCAGUUUGAAUUUUUCUUAUUCUGUCCGUCUUUCACGUCAUUGUUUAGAUUUGUCUUUCUUUUAUAUUCAUUCUUUUUACUCUUUCACUCUUUCUUUUGUUUCUUUCUUAUACUCUCUUUACUUUCUUGUUCUUUUUCAUUCAUUCUCGCUAUUUCUGUAUUCCUUUUUCUUUCACUUUUUCCUUUCUUUAUAUUUCUGUUUCUCUUCCUUUUCGUUCUUUCUUUCGCGUUAUCUCUGUAUUUAUUUGUCUCCUUCUUUUCACAUUUUUUUUGUUCCAUUUAGCUAUAUUUUCAUUUGUUUUAUUCUUUUCUUCAUUCUUUCAACUUGGUCUCUUUCCUCGGUCCACUCUGUUCAUAUCUAUCUAUCUAUCUAUCUAUCUAUAGCACUCUGUUCAUAUCUAUCUAUCUAUGUAUCUCUCGCACUCUGUUCAUAUCUAUCUAUCCUCUAUCUAUCUAUAGCACUCUGUUCAUAUCUAUCUAUCUAUCUAUCUACCUAUCUAUCUAUACACUCUGUUCAUAUCUAUCUAUCUAUCCCUCUAUCUAUCUAUAGCACUCUGUUCAUAUCUAUCUAUCUAUCUAUCCCUCUAUCUAUCUAUAGCACUCUGUUCAUAUCUAUCUAUCUAUCCCUCUAUCUAUCUAUAGCACUCUGUUCAUAUCUAUCUAUCUAUCUAUCUAUCCCUCUAUCUAUCUAUAGCACUCUGUUCAUAUCUAUCUAUCUAUCCCUCUAUCUAUCUAUAGCACUCUGUUCAUAUCUAUCUAUCUAUCUAUCUAUUUAUCUAUCUAUAGCACUCUCACUCUGUUCAUAUCUAUCUAUCUAUGUAUCUAUAGCACUCUGUUCAUAUCUAUCUAUCUAUCCCUCUAUCUAUAGCACUCUGUUCAUAUCUAUCUAUCUAUCUACCUAUCUAACUAUAGCACUCUGUUCAUAUCUAUCUAUCUAUCACUCUGUUCAUAUCUAUCUAUCUAUCCCUCUAUCUAUCUAUAGCACUCUGUUCAUAUCUAUCUAUCUAUGUAUCUAUAGCACUCUGUUCAUAUCUAUCUAUCUAUCCCUCUAUCUAUCUAUAGCACUCUGUUCAUAUCUAUCUAUCUAUCACUCUGUUCAUAUCUAUCUAUAUAUCUUAUAUUUUCUGUUUAUAAUUUCUUACUUUUCUUUCUUUCCUGCCUCCUACUAUUUUGCUUCAUGUACCCGACUUUUUAUUUUGUUCACUACUCUUGCUAUUUCUCUCUCUCUCUCUCUCUCUCUCUCUCUCUCUCUCUCUCUCUCUCUCUGCACCCCCCAAUCAUUAUUAUUAAUGAAUAGGUUGCGGCGUCCUGAUGCCAACAGAUGGCAGAGUAUUUCUUCUUUUUAUUCUUUUCUUUUAAUCUUUUUCAUUUAUUCUUUAAAUUCUUUCAUUCAUCUUAGUCUGGCUUUCUUUUUACUUCUUUCUUAUUUCUUCUUUUUCUUCUUUUUCUAUUUUUUGUCCCUCUUUUUCUGUCGCACACAUGUUUCAAAAAACACGAUUACGCGCCUCUACCGUUUAGAUAUUUUUUCAGUGGUAAGAGAACCAAAAAAUAGCAAACAGUUUUUGUGA